UCAGAGUUUUUAAGAUAGAUUUUGAGUCAGAGUACAGGUAGAUAAAUAUAAAAUAUGUAUACAAGACUUGGAAUAUUCCUAAUCGGACUGAUGAUUAAUAUUGAAUUCGUAGCAGGAAUUGAUUGUUUUCACUGUGCGUAUAUAGCAGCGAUGAAUUCAACUUCUCCGGAAUGUAUCAGUCACAAUACUACAGCUAUAAGUGCAUGUUCUGAUUCAAUGGGAUGUAUUCAGCUUUCAUAUCAAUAUCCAGAAACGAAUGAAUACGCAUCCUAUUUUCUUGGAUGUGGAACAACUGAAUGCAAUGAAACCAACUCAGAUGGAGUAGAAACUGUUCAGUACAACUUAACCGACCAGAACUACACUUUGAGAAAAACAUGCUGUAAAGGUGAUUACUGCAAUUGCAAUUCAGCGACUUGCAACAUGUCGGCUGAAGCUCAUAAAAUUGCUUUGGAGAACGAAGAAACAACUCCAUCCUAUGACUAUGUUACAGAUUCUGAAAUGGUGGACUGUUUCCAUUGUGUACACAACUCACUAGCAAACGUUACUAACUCAAACUGCACUGAAGAUAAAACAACUUCCCGACUGCAAUGUCCUGGAAAUUUGUGCAUGAAAUACACGCUUCAGUAUAACAAUGGUUCGACGGACUAUAUCCUGUAUACUUUGGAUUGUGCCUCAAAUAGGAUGUGCAAUCAGUCGGUAGCUGAUGGUGUUGAAAGAAGUAACGUUAGUCCCGGAUCGAACAUUUUGGAGAAAGUGACAUGUUGCGAGGGUGACCACUGCAAUUGUAAUUCUCCAACUUGUCUAGAAGCGGGUGGAAUUACGACUACUACCGGUAGAGAUGUAAUUACGUCAACAAUUGAUACAACAUAUGAAUAUGGAACAACGGUUACCCCGGAACCUAUGUUUACUACUGUAUCUACAUUCAGUACGAGCAAUGGUUUGCCUACAUCGACUUCAAUGGGAAACCCUUCUACUUCAUUCAGAUCUACUUCGACAGAGGCAACCACCGCCGCAAUCUCUCCGCAGCCAGUUUCUGAAUCGGUGUCAGGUGCACCUCUUAACAGUAACAAUACAGCUGCAAUAUCGGCAACAGUAACAUCGGAUUCAGAGGAAUCCACUUCUGUGGAAGCAACUGUUACCUCCACUGUCCCUGUACAACCAGAUUCAACAUCGGCUCCACCAACAGCGGUUUCCAGUAUAUCCGCAAUAGCUCCAACUACCACAAUUAGCACAACAACGACGAGUUUUGGAUUUAGUAUACACAACGGCAUAAUGCUUAAAAUCUAUUUAUCAAUUUUCUGUGUAUUUAUUCUUUUGCAAAAAUAACUACACAACACGAUCGAUGUCUUAUAACACCAUUCCAUCGAAUUCCUCGUUUUUAGUAGUGAGCCUCGCAAAAAGGUCGAUUUUUGCUGAAACUCUGUAAAUUAGUAGAUUAUGUUUUCAUAACGACUGUUGGAUUACAGAAUAAUACGUCUUACUAUACUAUCAUUUACUGUUUGCUUCUAUUACAAAUCGCAAUAUAUAACAUUGUACCAAUUCAUUUUACAAUGUUCAUUAUUUGAGAGAUUUUGGUUUCAUAUGGGAAGAGAGAUUUUCAGCAUACUGUAUUUGAGUGUUAGGUAAAAUGUUAGCUCAAUGUUAUUCCAUGUGCACGGUGCGAUAUACGUAUGAUAGAAAGAAAAAUUUGGUACUCCUGAAGUAUGCGCACCAAGAUGUCGCAUAACCUGAACCCGACCUGGUACACAACCGGAGUUCAAGUUGUGCGCCAUCUUGGUGCGCAUACUUCAAGAGGUCCCAAAAUUUGUUAUCUGACAAAUCUCACGCAUUUUCUGAUUUUACAAUUUUUUUAAGAUUUAAAUCUACAAGAAAAUCAUAAAAGUACUGCUAUGCUUA